GUGCCUCCGUUGCUCUGAUGACCACAGGUAAGUGUGUUGUGGGAUUUUUCUGGUUUGAAUCGAUGAGAACAAUCAUGAGGGUGAUUGCCACAGGAAUUCACGACACCGACGUCAAGAGGUAUGUUGUUGACAUUCCAGAUGAAGGUCAACCGACAUGGUCUCAGCUCCCCUCAAUUAGGAAGCCAGAGGGAGCCUACUUUUCUGGCUUUGAAGUUUCUUUCGAUUUUCACGGAGUCGUAGAGGAUGCUGCGUUGAGGCUCUACGAGCUUAUUGGGAUGGUGACCGUACUUCAGUCACAGACUUCUAUCAGCCUUACCUUGGGAAAUUUCUGCAACGAGUUUCUGACGUUGAUCCAUGACUUACCAUCCGCACCAAAAGAGGCCGCCCCUGGAGUGAUACAGUUAUCAUAUGCUCCAGAUGACGAAGCCUUUGAGCUCAGCAGAUUAGAAAGGUUCAAGGCAGGCGUGCUCCAGUCGUCGUUAUUUGAACGUGAACACGGGUCAGGCUCAAAGCAGGGGCAGCCAAAGGCUGCUCCAUGCGUCGCAUCAGGCAGCACGACUCAUCGCUCAUGGAAUCUGGACUGCGUUGCUUCGUAUGAGGAAGGGUCAAAGGACGAAAUUACGGUGAAGGUGUUCAAGGACUGGUCACCCGUUCUUGAUGGAUCCAGUUUCGUUAUGACCUUGUCUGAAAGCAAGUUUUGGAGUGGUUUCGGAAUUAGCAUUGCGGAUGCUGCAAUUCACAGCUUUUUUGGUAUUCUCCACACGGAGAAAAGUUAUAUGGAGAAGCACCUCAAUAUAUAUCUCCAUCUGCACAGCCAACAUAUCUCAUCUGCAAAAACUGAAACCGUUCCGCGGAAGAUCCUUUUGAAGCUUGUCAAGGAUGCAGUAAUUGCAUCAUUGCAACAGCUUAAGACCCAGCUUCCUGGGGAGUUUUCAUCGAUACAUCAAGCAAAGGUUGGCAGUUGCUUGCCAGAUCUGGCAACCAGCAUUGCAGCUAUAGUGGCGGAUUCCAGCAAUCCACAUUUUCAAGAAGAGUGCUCCAACAUACUGGCCGUUGAGGAUGUCAAAGAUGUUGAAGCUGCCAUAUUGCAAAGGUUGGGACCUCACUCGCUAUUCGCCAUGAGCUGCCACACGUCUCCAUCGUCUAUUUUCUCCCCAUCCUCUCUUUCCUCUGCAAUUAUCGCUCCCUCCUCCUCUCUCGUCCGUUCAUCACUACCCCGUUCCUCUCCCCUUCCACGUCAGCUCAAUUCUCACCUCACCUCGUCCUCGACCCGCUCCCAUGCUGCGUCCUCCGUGUUUCACGGCGCGUUUGACGGCCUACACCGUCAGAAGCUCCCCAGCAGCCGCUCCUCCUCCUCUCUUUCUCACUCUGCGGCCUUCCAUGAAGUUUCCGACCGUCAAAUCCAGGCUCCAUUUCUCUCCGCAGGCUCCGUCGACGCCGCGAACUGCGGCCGGCGCGCGGUCGUGACAGCAGUUUUCGAGCGUUUCACGGAGCGGGCGAUUAAAGCCGUGAUGAUGGCUCAGGCGGAAGCUAAGGUGCUCGGGCGAAAAGAGGUCGCGACGGAGCAGCUCCUAUUGGGUCUUAUCGCGGAGGAUUUCGCGAGCGGCGGGAAGCCCGGCGGAUAUCUCGGCUUGGGGAUGACCAUCCGCAGCGCACGGGGCGCCGUCGGCGAAUUGAUUCGAGACGGCCGGCUGCCAGCCGCGGGGGUCGCGCUGGUGCAGGUGGAACAGGAGGGAGCGGCGCUGGUGAUGGCGAGCCUGGGAGUGCAGCAGCACCGUUUGCACGAGGCAGCGUUGGCGCGGCUCAAGGGCGAGCUGGACCGCGACGGGCGCUCCUCCGAGUCCAUCACCAACCCCUCCUCUCGGCCUUCCACCAGCAGUAGCAGUGCCACUAGCAGCAAGGGCCCCUCCUCGCCAGUGCGCAAGGGACGCGGAAAGAAAGCGCAGCAGAGCGCGUUGGAGCAGUUCUGCACGGAUCUAACGGCCAUGGCAGUGCAGGGAGGGUUCGACCCGGUGAUUGGCCGAGAGGCGGAGGUUGCCAGGGUGAUGCAGAUCCUCGCGCGUCGCACCAAGAGCAACCCUCUGCUGCUGGGGGAGCCAGGGGUGGGCAAGACGGCCAUAGCAGAGGGGUUGGCGCUGAGAAUUGCAGAGAACGACGUGCCGCAGUUCCUGCAGGGCAAGCGCCUGUUGUCGCUGGACAUGGGGAGGGUGAUGGCAGGAGCCAAGGAGAGGGGCGAGCUAGAGCUCAGAGUCACAUCUUUGGUGGCAGAGGCGGUGGCAGCAGUGGGGGAGGUGAUUCUUGUGAUAGACGAGGUGCAUACGAUGGUGGGAGCUGGCGCUGUGGGGAGGGGCAGGGACGGCGGAGGAUCGGGGUUGGACAUCUCGAAUCUGCUCAAGCCUGCCUUGUCCCGAGGGCAGAUUCAGUGCAUCGCCACUACCACCACCAGCGAGUUCCGCAAGCACAUGGAAAAGGACAAGGCUCUGGCUAGGCGCUUUCAGCCAGUGACGGUGGACGAGCCUUCAGAGGAAGCGGCUCUGGCGAUUCUACACGGGCUGAGGCCCCUAUACGAGGCACACCACAAGUGCAUUCUCAGUGACUCCGCCCUGGCAGCAGCCGUCACCCUUUCUGCUCGCUACAUCCCCGACCGCUGCCUGCCCGAUAAGGCCAUUGAUUUGAUCGACGAGGCGGCCAGUAGGAGCAGGGUGGAGGGCAGUAAGGGGAGGAGGCGGCGCGCUAGUGGGGUGCUGGAGAGGGGGGCGGAGGAGUACUGGCGGGAGAUUCGCAUGGCUCAGGCUGCGCACGAAGCGGCCCAUGCGCGCCAGAACCCCUUCACCUCGCUCACCUCCUUCCUCUCUCAAGACACCCACGUCGCCGACACCACCACCGCUGCUGAUGCCGCUGUUGCUGCUGGUCGAUCCAAGAGUGGAAUCACUGGCAGUGACAAGGACGACAGCCCCACGGAGAUCACAGCAGAGCACAUAGCAGCAGUGGCCGCCCACUGGACCGGCAUUCCCCUGCAGCAGCUCUCGCUCUCGGACCAGCAGCACCUGGCAGGCCUGGAAGAGGCACUAGAGACGCGCGUGGUGGGGCAGGGGACGGCGGUGAGGGUGAUAGCACGGGCGGUGCAGCGAGCACGGGUAGGGUUGAAGGGGGAGGGGAGGCCGGUGGCGGCUCUGCUGUUCUCAGGGCCUACCGGGGUGGGCAAGACUGAGCUGUGCAAGGCACUGGCGGCUCACUACUAUGGAUCGGAGGACUCUAUGAUCCGCCUAGACAUGUCAGAGUACAUGGAGCGCCAUGCUGUCAACAAGCUGAUCGGUGCGCCGCCCGGCUAUGUGGGGUACGGGGAGGGCGGCAAGCUCACGGAGGCCGUCCGCAGGUGGCCGUUUUGUCUUAUUCUCCUGGACGAGAUCGAGAAGGCCCACCCCGAUGUCUUUAAUCUACUGCUACAGAUAUUUGAAGACGGACGGCUUACCGACUCGCAGGGCCGCCAUGUGUCGUUCAAAAACGCCCUGAUAGUCCUGACGUCCAACGUGGGCUCUCAGGCCAUCGCAAGAGGCGGCACCCACCGCAUCGGCUUCCUCACUCCAAGGGAUUACAGGGCUGGAGAUGGCGAUGUGGGGAGAGAAGGACGGGCGGAUGCGGGGCGAUAUGCGGCGAUGAAAGAGGUGGUGAUGGAGGAGUUGAAGGCGCACUUUCGGCCGGAGCUGAUGAACCGCAUCGAUGAGGUGGUGGUGUUCCGAGCCCUUGAAAGGGAGCAGAUCCGAGUGAUUGCCAGCAUGAUGGUGAAGGAGUCGGCUGACCGUUUGGCGCUGAAAGGGAUCAAUCUGGAAGUUUCAGAGGCGCUGAUGGAGCGAAUCUGUGAGGAGGGGUAUGACAGGGCGUAUGGGGCCCGCCCGCUGCGACGUGCCGUCACGCGAUUGGUCGACGAUCCAAUCAGCGAGGCUGUGCUGGCCGCCGAGGGGAGCAGCAGCCGUCACCACCGCCACGUCAGCAGCAGCGACAGCCACGUCAACAGCAGUGACAUGUCAGAAUCCCUGCCAUCCGUUCCUUCCGUGCUGCUUCCUGUAAUCGCAGCUGAUGCUGCAGCGGAUGAUGUCAGCAAACCCUUGUCUGACGUCAGCGGGGUCAGGGAGGGCGCGUUCACAGCUGGCGACACGGCAUUGGUGGAUGUGGGGCAGGAUGGGGAGCCCGUGGUGAUUCGACUGCCUCGCCCUGACGUGUGCGAGAUGGGGCUGUGCCUUCCCUUCCUCAAGCUGCCUGCUCCUGCUGCUCCCACCCUCUCCCUCCCGGACUAA